UUCUCGGCUAUCCGAGAGAGAGAAGGAAAGAGAGAACAAGGUUGUCUUUGGCUAGCUUUGGAGCCGGAGGGCAUGGACACGCACGUGCCCAGAAAUCGAAAUGAGUCAUGGACGGACGAGAAGCAUGUGCACUUCUUGAACUCCAUGGAGGCAUGGUUCGUCCGUACAAUGCUCGGGAACAAAUAUCGCUAUAAUCUCCGUCUCGACCCUCACCUGCCAGACAGCUCUGAGUCAACUCUCGAUUACAAACAGAAUAUUCAGAUAAGAAAAAAGCAUGCCACUUCAGCAGAUUUUAUUGGCACUACUAGAAGCAAAAUGAAGGGCACGCCUAACAAAUGUUCAAGGAGACCAUCUCAGCCGCCUGACUCGUCACAAGAUCAGGUGGUCCCACAGAUUGAAAACAGAACAGGAGAUAUAUAAAGAUGAGAAAGAACUUCCCAGUGUAUGCCAGUUGCAUCCAUGGCACCAGCAGAUUGAUAUAAAGAUUUAUUCUUCUUUGUUUUAGGACUUUUUUUUUUAUUAAUUUCUUUUCCAUUGUUUCUUUGCUUUAUGUGUAGUGGGUUUCUU